AUGGACCCCAAGGCUCAGAAUUACUCUCGGAAUGGAAGGGAGAUUAGUGCUGCAACAGCAAGUGGCACCAAGCCGAAAGGCAACCAUGUUGAAUCAGAAGACAACAUUGAUUUGGACGAUGGACUUAACAAGUUAGAUGAGGAUCAUGCCAAAUCAGAUGAUGACUGCACCAAGUCCAAGAAUGAUGACCCCAAUGACAAUUCCAAGGGUGUGGGUGGCUGCUGGAACAGGAGAACUUCUCAACAGACACAAAAGAAUGGGAUGAAAAGGCUUCACUUGCUUGUGGCCCCUAACAAUAACUACACUGGUGAUCCUGUUACCAAUGAAGGUGAGCAGAGUUGA